GCGCUUCACAGAUGCUGGCUUCGAGCACUACGACCUGUUCUUCAUAGAUGGCAGCACCCCCAGUGACAACAUCGUGCGAAGGUUCCUGAACAUCUGCGAGAAUACGGAAGGGGCGAUUGCGGUCCACUGCAAAGCUGGUCUGGGAAGAACUGGGACUCUGAUAGCCUGUUAUGUCAUGAAACACUACAGGUUUACACAUGCUGAAAUAAUUGCUUGGAUCAGAAUUUGCCGACCAGGCUCCAUCAUCGGACCCCAGCAGCACUUCCUGGAAGAAAAACAAGCAUCAUUGUGGGUCCAAGGAGACAUUUUUCGUUCCAAACUGAAAAAUAGACCUUCCAGUGAAGGAAGUAUUAAUAAAAUUAUUUCUAGCUUGGAUGAUAUGUCUAUUGGUGGAAACUUAUCUAAAUUACAAAGCAUGGAAAGGUUUGGAGAGAGUAACUUAGAAGAUGAAGAUGUGGAAAUGAAAAGCAGCAUAACACAGGGAGACAAACUACGUGCCUUAAAAAGCCAGAGGCAGCCCCGUUCCUCGCCAUCCUGUGCAUUUAGGUCAGAUGAUAUGAAAGGACACCAAAGGGCAGUGUCCCAGACUUUCAGAUUAAAUUCUUCCCCACAACCAUCUGUAUCUACUGUGAAGACCCCCAAAGUGUGUUUGUCCCCUUCAGCAACAGCCAAAAGGAUAAGCAGAGGUUCUUUGUCUUCGGGCGCAAAUAUAAGAAGCUUCUCCAUAAACUCCCGGCUAGCCAGUUCUCUAGGGAACUUGAAUGCUGUGCCAGAUGACCCUGAGAACAAAAAGACGGCCUCACCUACCAAGGCAGCCUUCAUAGCCAGCCCUUUCACCAGCUUCUUGAAUGGCAGUUCCCAGCCACCUGGCAGAAAUUAUCCCGAGCUCAACAACAACCAGUACACCAGAAGCAGCAGCAGCAGCAGCAGCGGUCUUGGGGGCAACCUGAAUAGCUCCCCAGGCCCCCUGAGCGCCAAGCCCGAGGAGCACACCGCCAUCCUUAGACCCUCUUUCCCGGGGGGGCUUUCUUCCUCCUCAGCGAGAUUCCUCAGCCGUUCUAUCCCUUCCCUUCAGUCUGAAUAUGUCCAUUACUAAGAAGGCCUUGCCACUCCAGUGAAGGCGGUUCCAUUCUUAGACAUCUGGACAUGCAAUGUGGAGGGGACCAGCUGCUUUCCCGGAGGAUGUCUCUAUCUUCUUACCUUAGAGAGUGUUAAACAUAGCACCGUUGAGAGACUUGAGGCCAGAGCACUGGCUAAUGACUACUAUAAAUGCACUGCAAUGAUCUUUAUGGAGAUGUCCAUACAGUUUUAAUGUUGAAUUUGGUAUUUUAAAAGGUUAUUUUUAAUGUAUUUCGGUAAUACGUUUGUUACUGCAUUUACAUGUACAGUGUUACAUUAUAUAUGUAUCAUGAACUUUAUAAAAGACUAUUUUGAUAAUUUUAUAAAUAUAUAAAAUUAUGUAAAAGCUAGACUAUAUUUUGAUUUAGACUUUCCUGCUGUUUGCUACCAAAAAUUUGUAUUUUAAAUUGUUUAGCUUUAGUAUGGUUUUGUCUACAAUGAGUAAAUAAUUCUUCCUUAAUAAGUGAAAGUGAGGGAGUAGAUUUUUAGAAAGUGACUUUAAUGCUCCCCCUAUGAAUUCAGUAAACCAGAACAUUCUCUCUUGAAGUCUGUCUGAACUGGAGUUCAUUCAAACUUAUCUCUACCAAGAGUGCCGUUGUUUGGUGGGGUUUGUUAGGAAAACACAUUUCCCCCUUUGUUUUUGUUCUUGAACCUUUUGAAUAGGAGGCUCAAAAAAAAACGAAAACCAAAAAAAAAAAAAAACCUUUAGCAUCUCUUUAAGACCAGAAAUCACUUCGAGUCUCUCCUGGAAGCCUGGCUUUUUUCCCCCUCUAUGAAAUGACAGAACAUUCCAAAUGCUUUUAUUUCUUUCCUCUUUCAUGAGUGCUUAAAAAAAAAUGCCUUAAACCAUGUGUUUUGCUUCUACCUUCUUGUAAAAAUGCAAAGGAAGGAUAGGGAUUUUAAGAUACUUGUCUACGGUUUGUAAGAACACUCUUAGUAAUGCACCGUAAUGCUGUUAAAGACCAAAAGGCACUUGAACGCCCAGAGCGUACUUUUGGGUAUGAGAUGGGCAUCGCCUUGUGAGCAUGCAUGUUCUGAUGUCAGUUUCAAAGCAAUGAAGGGAUAAACCGAAGAAAAUGCUGCUAAGUAGAUGGGUACACUAAAGGAACACAUGCCCCUGAUGUACACACAGCUCUGUCCAGAACCGGAUGUCAAAGUGAAAGGGCCCCCGGGGGUACGCUCAGCCCUUUCAUGUGAGUAUGAUUCCAAAUUUGUCCCCAGAAGCCUUCCUUUUGGCUUCUUGUCUAUAUGAGAUAGAGUCUCAGAUACUGAUUCUCUUCCAGGCUGCUUGCGAAUGGGCAAGGGCUAGUUAAAUUGGUUUCAUACAAAGUGCUUUAUUCCAGCCAUUGUGUUAUUUAUAAUGUAUUUCUUAGGAGGGGAUAUCUUCAGACUAGUAUAUAGGCUUCAGUAAGAUGCCUUGUUCAUGUUUUACACUUUAAAAAAGGCAUUGGAAUGAAUGUUUGACUCAGGUUUGUUAACAUAAUUUUCCGUAACUGCAGUACCAAAUAAUUACACUCACCUGAUGGAAAGUUGAGUUAUAUGUUUUUAGAAUCAAAUACAUAAAAGGAAUUAAAUUGUAUAUCUUUUCUAAAGAUGAAAAGUCAAAUAUUUUAUUGUGAGUUAUUAUUUUAAAAAGUUAGUUUCUUGUAUAGGAAGAAAAUACUAUUUCUUUCAAAUUAUCAUUGAAAAAUAAUUGAGUCAACAUUUGAGAUGUGGGGGAAGAGAACCAUAUCAUCAUUUUUAGUUGUUCUAUGAACACCAAUGAGUGCAGCUACUAAAAUGAUUGUAAAGUUGACUACUGCAAAUUUUCCAUAAUUAUGUGUGUAUAUAUGUCAUAUGUAUCUACAUGUGUAUGUCUUAAGCUUAUUUAUACACAUGAACAUACAUAAGGCACACCAAGAAGGGGAUGUAUAUAAUAUAGAGUUUAUAUAGCAGAGAGAUUCUCCACUUAUAAUAAAAAAUGUUUGCCAUGUAUUUUGUUAUGAAUAGUUUAUCUCCCAGAAGAUAUUUUGUUCUAUUUUGAAGUGUAGAAGAAUACACUGCUAAUAAAUAAAAGUUUUAUGCAAUUUA